AUGGCACUAUCGAAAAAUCAACACGUUGUAUUAGUCAGUGGUGAAGGUGAAAAGUUCACCGUGGAUCGUAAGAUUGCAGAACGUUCCCUAUUACUAAAGAACUAUUUAAAUGAUAUGCAUGACAGUAAUUUAAGGGGCGAUGUCUCUUCUGACUCUGAAGAUGAAGAAGAUGAUGACGAUGAUGAUGAAAUUGUCAUGCCUGUGCCAAAUGUUAGAUCAUCUGUUUUACAAAAAGUCAUUGAAUGGGCUGAGCAUCAUAAGGAUUCCAAUUUCCCUGAUGAAGAGGAUGAUGAUUCUAGAAAGUCUGCUCCUGUGGAUGCUUGGGAUAGAGAGUUUUUGAAAGUAGAUCAAGAAAUGCUUUAUGAAAUUAUCCUUGCUGCGAAUUAUUUGAAUAUUAAACCAUUGUUGGAUGCAGGUUGUAAAGUGGUUGCAGAAAUGAUUAGAGGUAGAUCACCAGAGGAAAUUAGAAGAACGUUUAAUAUUGUCAAUGAUUUUACACCUGAAGAGGAAGCGGCAAUUAGACGUGAGAACGAAUGGGCUGAGGAUCGUUAA